AACUUUAGUAUUAAAAUUAGCAAUGAUGAUGAUCAGCAUGAGAUUAUUAUAAAAUAUGAAGACGUAAUUUAUAGUAGAGCUAUUGCUGGCCGGGCUCGGGGCGCGGUGCACCACCGGCUCGCCCCCCUGCCUGGCAUGGCGGAGCGCGACGAUUCCGAGCCCACCCCGGGCUGCAGCGGUCUGGGCCCGGGCGGCGUUGGCGGCGGCGGCGGCGCCCACCCAUGGGCUCCGGAGGACGCCUGGAUGGGCACCCACCCAAAGUAUUUAGAAAUGAUGGAAUUAGAUAUAGGAGAUGCCAGCCAAGUUUAUAUAGCAUUUUUGGUUUACCUGGACCUCAUGGAGAGUAAAAGUUGGCAUGAAGUAAACUGUGUUGGAUUACCAGAUCUCCAGCUCAUCUGCCUCGUCGGUACUGAGAUAGAAGGAGAAGGAUUACAGACUGUGGUGCCUACACCCAUCAGUGCUUCCCUCAGCCAUAACAGGAUAAGGGAGAUUUUGAAGGCAUCUCGGAAAUUGCAAGGUGAUCCAGAUUUGCCAAUGUCUUUUACUUUGGCCAUAGUGGAGUCCGAUUCCACAAUAGUCUACUAUAAACUUACUGAUGGAUUUAUGCUGCCCGACCCUCAGAAUAUUUCCCUUAGAAGAUACACCUAUAGUAGAGCUAUUAAAUGCUUUAAUACAUGUUUACUUCAAAAAAUUUUCUCUGCGAUACCUUCUUUUGCCUUCUUUUUCAUGGCUUUAUCCAUGUUAUGCUUCAGUAAUUCUUUUUAGAUGAUGUUCAUAGU